AUGACUAGAAAUCAUAUGGCUUCGGCCGCGGCGGUUCAAAUCCGCCUGUCAUCGAUUAGUUUAGUUUAGUUUAGUUUUAUUCUUUUCUUUUCUUUUUGUCCCGUUUUGACUUUCCCAUUUUCUUCCAUGAGGGGUGUCCAUAGCAUGCAGCAAGAUCUUCGUUUUUUCUGUGGUCUGGCCCUUUUUCCCCCUUUCUUUCGCUGGGCGUCCUGGCUGAACGAAGCACAAUCAAGGGCCGGACAUGACAAGAAAACACCAUGUACGAAGAAAGCGAAUGGAUCGGCUAUUGGACCGCGCUCUGAUCAUGUGCCUAUUGGAAAAAGAAGCGGGAUUGAUGUCAGUCAUGGGGGAACAGGACGUUGAAAGAUCAGCAGGACAAUCGGGAGAAGCGAGGUCUUAAUCAAGUCAUGGCGGAUAACCGUUUUGGCUUCUUUUCAUUGAUCGAGAAGGGCCCAGCCACUUAUUAUCAUGCGCCUCAGAAAUGUGGCUGAAAUGACACAC